AGAUUCUACCCCUUAAUCUUUCGUCAUAGUGCCAUCGAUUAUCAGCGGCGUCUUGCUGAUAAAAUCCAAUUGAUCGGAUCGAACGAGCUCCUUUCAGCACUGAGUACUGAAUAUUGAUUCGUGACUGGAGCUUGGUGAUCUAAGGGGUCGAGAUUCAUGUCCAAGUUGAUCGUUGACGUAUUGCUCUGCCAGGUAUAAAUACAAGGCUGUUAGCAGCGUUCUAAGCACGCACUACCAUGGCUUGCAUUGAGAACCAACACAUUUACACCCUUAGAAACUGUCAGGGAGGCACUGUCAUCGACCUCUCUGGUGCAGACAACUACUCCCUCAUCGGUUAUCGCGACCACAAUGGUCCCAACCAGGCGUGGAUCUUCCACCAUGAUGAUGAUGACAGCUGGUCCAUCAAGUCCGUCGGGGCUGAUAAGUAUCUUGGGAUCGAAGGCGAUGUGAACGACGCCGGUAAUGGCACCAGGGUUGUUGCUGUCGGGUUCCCUUUCAAGUGGGACAUCAAAAACUCUGACAUGGAAGGCGUCGAAGGCAUCAGGAUAUUGCUCCAUGGACAUAAAUUUAGCGUGGACUUGUCCGAUAACGGAAAUGCGACAGAAGGCACACCAGUUCAGCUUUGGACUAGGUGGCAUGGUGCCAAUCAGAUCUGGGCGCCUGUCGAACGUAAAUGAUCGUUUCUAGAACGUAAAAGAGCAGAACUCCUGUGCACUGUGAUU